GCAUUUCUAGUUACUUUUGAUAUACAGUAAUUGGUAAGGUAAUUCAAUUACUUUUGAAAGAAGUAACUAGUAACUGUAACUAAUUACUAAUUUUCAGUAACUUUCCCAACACUGAAAACCACUACUUCUGAAAGCCAUGUGAGAUAAAAAAAAAAACAUUAGUAGUAGAGAGUUGACUUGGUUGAUAUGUAAUUCCGAUACAUCUCUUGAGCAACUGUCUGAGCACUCUCACUUACAAAACAAGCUUUCAUAAUCAUUACUCCUAAUGUUGAGGGACUCAUUAUGAAUUGUUGGAGCAGAAAAAGGAAGUGCUUUCAUAAGGUAAUCUUGCAGUGUGUUCCACUUAAAGAUAUCUUAAAUGUACUGUAUCAGUUGUAUUUGACAUGUCCUUAAACAUAACUAUGGACAAUCUAACACCAAAGUACUAGCAUAAAAGACAACAAACAAACUAGCAAAUAAAAAACACUGAACUGGUGUCCAUUUAUGGAUGUCCCAUUUUGGUCGAUUUAUUGGCUAAUAGUGAAUAACUAUUGUUAACUCGAGGUAUUUCUCAAAGGCAAGAGCUACUUCCCUUUGUUACAGGCAACUUGAUUGUCGAUAUGUUCUCAACCAUAAAGGCCUAAAGGACCUUUCGAAUGACUUUUGUGUCAUCUCCCAUGCUCAUCUAGCACCUUCUUUAACUGCUGAGCCUUCAUCUGUUUACAGUGUAACCACCACCAGAUUCCCACUGAACUUAAUCUAUUUUAAUGAGAAAUCUGACGUGUUCAUUGGCCUUGUUAUAGAGAUGACAUGGUAGUGAGUUUGGUGGGACUAGAUCUGCUUUAGGCUGAUAACCACUACUUAAGUGCUGCUACUGAACAACAAAAUGAAAAUUAAAUUUGACCAAGCUAUGUGUACAAACAACACGUGUGGACACACGCGUGCUGCCUAAAUAGCUGCUGGACAGAUAAAGACACGUACAUAGCUGCUUUUUGAUAAAGACACGUAUCGCCACCAAUUUCCCACCAACCACACCAAGGGUUUGCUCACAUGUGCACUUUUGUGUCACGUAGACAUGUGACCACGGACCAAAGAGUUUCACAGGUCAUUCAAACACACCAGACAGCACUCAGAUGUCAUGGCAUCUCCUUCUCCACUUGUGGACUGUGGACUCGAUAUUAACUUCUUCAACCUGGUGAUGGCCUGUCUCUAUAUUGUGCUGUUCAUCCCUGCUCUUCUGCUAAAUAUUGUGACAGUCUGCAUCUCCUGGAAGCUAAAGGCCAAAUCCGCAUUCAUUGUCUACCUGAAGAACCUUGUGGUGGCUGACCUUCUGAUGACCUUGAUGAUCCCGCUGAAGGCGCUGAUUAAUUUGCCUGGAGCUUCCAAGGGAUUAAUGGAGCUCGAUUGCCAUGUUAGCUCACUAUUCUAGCUCUGUCUGCACAUGAGUAUCAUACUGAUGGGUCUCAUCAGCCUUGACCGCUUCUUCAAGAUCGUUCGACCCGCUGGGAAACUGUUUGGCCAAAGUGCUCUGUUUGCCAGGGUGGCCGUCAUCAUUAUCUGGACUCUCUGGCUCAGUGUGAAUACCAUACCUAACAUGAUGUUCAACAAUGUACAGCCUACAACAAAUAACACAGCAGAAGUGUGCAUGUCCAUAAAGAGUGAGUUUGGGAAACGGUACCAUGAAGUAGUGACUUUCGAGUGCAGUGUGAUUUUCCUUGUUGUGUCUGUUGUCAUGGGAUUCUGCUACUCAGGCAUAAUGAAGAGAGCCAUUGAGUCACACAGGAAAUCAGGGAACAGGGACGUCAAGUGUAGACAAAAGAUCAAAGCUCGAGUGUUUAUCGUUCUGGCGGUGUUCCUGGUCUGCUUCGCCCCCUACCACAUCACACGCUUCCCUUACGUUCACCGUCAGGUGGAGAACAAGAUUAACUGCCACUGGGCUUCCCUGAAGGUGGCUAAGAGCUUCACUCUGUGGAUGGCGACUAGCAAUGUGUGCCUGGACCCCCUCAUCUACUUUCUGCUAUGCAAAGCCUUCCGGAAGAAACUCUAUGAAUUCAAGAUACUACUUCAAUGGUCUUCCACUUCUUACCAGGUCAAUAGCCAGGAGGUUCAUCUAUGAAAGGGCUUCUCCUUUUGUGAGUUUAGCAUCCUUUAGCUUGUUAGCAUGAUUCACAGCAUGGGAGACAGCAAACAAUAGACAGAGUUAUCUUUAUAUUUUGAUCUUUUGUAAGGAUUCUGAAGUAUCUAUGAUUUGGUGGCUGUUAUAAUCCUACUAUAUAACCUACAGUAUCCUGUAACUUUUAACAUGCUAUGUUAGGUACAAAUGCUAAACCAUAUUUUCUGAUGUAAAAAGUAGAAACAUUUAAUAUUUGAAUCUGAAUAUGUUUUAUUCAUUUCUGCAUGUAAAAAUGUA